UUUCAAGAAAAAGGCCAAAUCAUACAGCAGCCAAAUCCACUUCUCACUCACAUUAUCUGCCACGAUAGACCACCUUAAUCUUCCUAAUUGAUGGAGAAAAGAUAUCCCCACAAAAUACAACCAUAAGUUAUUUUACAACUAACCUUGCACCUAAUUAUAAAUUAUCAUUCACUUAGCAUAUAUAAGCACCAUACCCGAAAUCACCUUCCACACAUCAAACAUUCUUUGCAAUUACAUCUUCCAAUUCAUUAGCAAGUUAGCAGUAAAUUAACCUACCGCAACAAGAAGAUGAAGCAAACUCUCUUCUUCUUCUCACUCCUACUAUUUGCUCCCAUUUUCUCAUUCACCACUUUAGCUCAGUCACCAGCUGCAGCCCCUAAAGCCUCAGCAAAACCUGCACCUGCAAAACCUGCCCCCGCCACACCGGCUCCAGCUCCUGCAAAACCGUUGGUCCCGGCAUUGCCUAAUUCACCCUCAUCAGGUCCUGAUUCUUCUGGCAGCCAAGACAUUGUGAAGAUUCUAAGGAAGGCCAAAUCAUUCAACACACUAAUCCGGUUGCUGAAAACCACCCAAAUCAUCAACCAAGUGAAUGCACAACUUGUGACCUCAAAAAACGGAGGCUUAACCAUCCUUGCACCAGAUGAUGGUGCCUUCUCAGAACUGAAAGCAGGUUACUUCAACUCCUUGGGAGAUAGGCAACAAAAAGCACUGAUACAGUUCCAUGUUCUUCCCGUUUAUGUCUCCAGCUCCAACUUCGAUUCUCUGAGCAACCCUGUGCUUACACUGGCCAGUGAUAGCCCCACAGGGUAUCAGAUAAAUGUGACAGCAUAUGGUAACAGUGUGAACAUAUCAACUGGGGUGGUGAAUGCCACACUCACUGGCAUUGUAUACACUGAUAAGACACUUGCCAUAUAUCAUGUGGACAAGGUGCUCAUUCCUUUGGACUUCUCUAAGCCUAAGGCUAUAGCUCCAGCACCAGCUGUGGCCAAGGCACCUAAGGCUGAUAAGGAUAACUCUUCAGCACAAGAUGAAGAUCAGGCUCAGUCAUCCAAGGACAGUUCUGCUGCCGUAAGUUUAGUUAGCACUUAUGGGACAACCUUGGUUUCCUUUGGAGCUGCUCUUCUUGCUACAGCAGCUACAAUGUCGUGUUAACUGAUGAAGAACAUCCAUUUUCAUGUUUCUCACGUGUUAUGUUGUCAAAGAUAAUCCUAAAACUUUAAUUUUGCUUUCCAUGUUCCUAAUGGAUUUGUUUAUGAUACCAUGUUUCAUCAUGUAUUGCUUUCAGUUUCACAAGAAAAAGAAAAUUGUUUAACAAUUUUGGUUGAAAA